AUGCCCAGCAGCAAAGUCAAGGCCUACGAGCUCCAGUCUAAGUCGAAGAACGACUUGACCAAGCAACUUACCGAGCUCAAGACCGAGCUUCUUUCGCUGCGCGUACAGAAGAUUCUUGGUGGAUCGGCCUCAAAACUCACCAGGAUCAACAUUGUGCGCAAGUCGAUUGCACGGGUCUUGACUGUGAUAAACCAGAAGCAACGCCAAAACCUCCGGGAAUUCUACAAGAACAAGAAAUUCCUCCCUCUUGAUCUCCGGCCAAAGAAGACGCGCGCAAUCAGACGGAGACUGACCAAGCGCGAGGAGUCAUUGAAGACGCUCAAGCAAAAGAAGAAAGACAUACACUUCCCCAUUCGUAAAUAUGCCGUCAAGGUAUAA